CGCCGCGCCAACGGCACAGUCCACAAUAGCGCGGCCUCCUUUGCCCCUUGGCCUUCGCCCAAACAGCUCCUUUCUUUCUCGACCCUCGUCCGUGUUGCUCUUCCUCUUCUUUCGCCAUCGGCCCGCUCGAGGCAUCCCAACCGAUCUCCUGUCGCCCGUCCCCUCGCCUGCUCGGUCGCAUCCGCUGCAUCCACUCUCUGCCUGCAUCUGAAAUGGCUGCCGCUCAGCAACAGCAAGUCCCAUGGGCCAACGCCCUGCAGCAGGCCUUCAGGGCCAAUUUCCCCAACGCGGCCCAGUCCGGAUUAUCCACCGUUAAUCCGUUCUCCAGCUCGAGCCAGACCCCGCCCGAUCCCGUCGUCGUCCAACUUGCCUCGGUCAAGUCUAAUGGCACCCCAAAGAUCCAGCCGCUGGUCUUCCAGGACUUUUUGGCCGCUGAUCCCCGCAUCCUUGUGUUCUCGGCCGCAACCAGCAACCCCGAGCUCAUGAGUGUCGUCAAAUCCGGCCAAUCCCACGAGAUUUACUGGUCCAUGCCCAAGACCAAGGAGACCUUUGUCCUCUCCUCCUCCAGCCGUCUCUACAUUGUCUGUGCCUCCACCCUGUCGGGCCGAUUCGGCUCGGCUCCCAGAAAGGUCAUCGUCGGCGACGAGGGCUCGCAGGCGGCCCUCAAUCCGGAAGAGUUCUGGGAAACCGAGCGCAUUCGCUUGUGGCACAAGAUUUCCCCAUUCUAUCGGGCCUCCUUCACCUGGCCGAGCUCGGGCGAGGUCAGGACCCCGAAUCCCAACGAGUCGUGGUCCGUCUAUCGCGACCAGAACCAAAUCAAGGUGUCGUCGCCCGUGUCGCUUGGAACCGGUUUCCGAUACACCCGUCUGGACGUUGUCGGUAGCGAGUUCAACGGACAGACCCCGCCACUGUCUCCCAGCUUGCUCGCCAAGUUCCAGAACGCCACCAUCAACAACCACUCGACUCUGGAGCGCCGAGCCAAGAUGACAAAGGAGGAGGAGGACCAGUGUGUGCACAACGCUGCUUUUGACAACUUUUGCCUCAUCAUCUUCAAGGUCACCCGUGUCGACCACACGGCCUGCGCUUCGAACAACUCCGGUCCCCCAACCCGUACCGUUUACACCUGCACAAAGGAGGGCUCCUGGGUUAUUGACGACGUCAACCCUUAAGCGGCAUACCCAGAGGUGGCCGGGCGCUACAAGCGCGUCUGCGAGCAGCGUCCCAGAUACUCGCCUGUUAUCAAGGAGGAGUGCCCUGGCCAUCAAUGCCUGUGCGAAAUGGAAGGAGACACCCGAUUCUGAGGCCAGUGGUCAUUUUUUUGGCUGUUGAAUACAUACAUACAUACUCAUUCAUCA